AUGGAGAAAGAGACCGCGAGCCAAGGAUCUUUGGAUUCAAACACCAAAGCUCAGCUCAAUCAAAAAGAGGUCGUCCACUCAGAUUCAGUCGACUCACUUGGAGAAGCCUCAGACACUCCUCACUUCGAUGCGUCAAGAACCAAGAAGUUGAUUAGGAAGUUGGACUGGCAUCUGGUUCCAUUUCUUGCCCUACUCUACCUUCUUUCUUUCUUGGACAGAACCAACAUCGGAAAUGCCAAACUCUUCAGUCUUCAAAAGGACUUGGGUAUGCCUGAAAAGGGUCCCAAGGCGAUCCAGUAUAACAUUGCGCUGGCCGUUUUCUUCCCAUUCUAUGUCGCCGCUGAAGUCCCAUCCAACAUGAUGAUGAAACGGCUCAGACCAAGCUUGUGGCUCACAAUCAUUAUGCUCGCGUGGGCUAUUUGCACGAUUGGAAUGGGUUUCGUCAAAGAUUUCAAAGAUCUCGUUAUCGUCCGCGCCCUUUUGGGUGUAUGCGAAGGUGGAUUGUUCCCUGGUGUUACUUAUUAUAUCACUAUGUGGUAUGCUCGUCAUGAGUGUGGUCUUCGCAUGGCGAUGUUCUUCUCUGCUGCCACCGCUGCGGGUGCCUUUGGUGGUAUUCUCGCCUUCGGUAUCGGCAAGAUGAAGGGCGUUGGUGGCCGUGGUGGAUGGUCAUGGAUCUUCAUUCUUGAAGGUAUCAUCACCUUCCUCGUGGCCUGCGUUGCGUACUGGGCAAUCAACGACUACCCACGCACGGCAAAGUUCUUGACCGAAGAGGAACGAUUUGAAGUCGAGCGCCGCCUCAAGGCUGAUCGUAGCUCCCUUGCUGAUGAGUUCAACCUCAAGUUCGCAUGGGACGCAUUCAAAGACUGGAAGAUUUACGUACACAUGUUCAUCACCAUCGGAAUUUACACUCCACUAUAUUCCAUCUCUCUCUUCCUACCGACCAUUAUCAAAAACAUGGGAUACUCCAACGAGACAAGUCAGCUGAUGACCGUUCCUCCAUACGCCGUUGCUUGCUUUUUCACUAUCGGCGCUGGAUAUGCCGCUGACAAAAUGAAGCAACGAGGUAUCUUCAUGUUGACCUUCGAAAUUGUCGCCAUCAUUGGCUUCGUCAUGCUCGCCUCCACUGGUAAGCCAGGAGUUCAAUACGUAGGAACAUUCAUGGUCGCCUCUGGCAUCUACCCACUCGUACCUAUGGGAGUCGCAUGGAAUGGAAACAAUAUCGGAGGCUCGCUCAAGAGAGGUGUCGGUAUCGCCAUGCACGUUGGCUUCGGAAACUUGGGAGGUACCAUUGCGGCUUUCAUGUUUUUGGCAAAGGAUUCACCAAGAUUUAUCCCAGGUCACUCCACUCUGGCUGCCACAGUCACCAUGUCCGCCGUUCUCACCACCUUGAUGACCUUAUAUCUCCGUCGCGAGAACCGUCGCCGCGAUGCUCUCGCCGCCUCCAUCAACAAACUACCCGAACAAUACACCGAGGAGGAGAAAUUCGCCGAGCGCGAGAAUGGCGACAAUGCCACCUUUUACCGUUACACUGUUUAG